CCACCCAACAGAUAGUAAAAGAUUUUUCAUUUUAUACCCUACCUUAUAGCAAGUUUGCAGCAGGAUAAUAAAGAUUUAUUUAUUUUUUUAGCAAAAAAUACACAACAGCCCGAAUGGACCCCCGGCUCAGCAGAAAAGACACCCCUGCGUCGAUUGUUUGGUUCAGUCCACGGCCUCGUACCCGGAAGUAGUAGUGGUUGUUUACAUGGUCAGCUGACAUACGUUCACCUGACAGUGAUUAGAAAAACCUAACACACUUCUUUAAUGUAUCCAGCUUUGACAGUCAUCGACUACUAAAGUUAUAAGCUGCGUUGAUGACUUGAUUUCUCUCUUGUUAAGUUAGCUGUCCCACAGCAGCUGCUGUUUCAACAGGAUUUAUAAAAAUGGACAAGAUUGCUCAAGGUAAGUCCUGCUUUUUCAGUGUCUCGGUGCUCUUAAUAUAUAUCUCAAUGAUUAAUGUAAAUUUAAAGAAACUGUUGUGUUGUGGAUCAAUGUAAACAGUAGCUGGCAUGACUUGUAGGUCAACUGGUGUUUACUAAUAAAGCAAAUUUAAGCAUGCAAGCUCAAUAUUACGUUUAAAAGUACGUACAAACUAUCAAACUAUUGUUAAGAAUCGGCCUCAACCCUAGAACACUAUCGCGUAAAUUAGUAAUAUAUCAAUAGGACAAUACAUGACAAAUUAAAGUAGUUUUCUUCCAUUUUCAACUGUGCAAUGUCUAAAGGUAGAGAAAAAACCUGCCAUUAGGGCACCAUAAAAAUGCAACAAAAUAACUGAAAUUAGGCAUUCAUGAACACAACAUUCCUAAUAUAUAUUUAUAUAUAGACCAUAAACCACCCAUUCCUGGGGUAUGUGAGUCUUUCCUGGUGAGGACUCAGGGUCCUUGGCACAAUAACAGCUGCAGGGGAGAAGAGAACCAAUAUAUGGUAUAUUCUGAGUGAGUAAAAAUGACCAGCCAACUUAAAAAAUUUCUUAUCACCAUAUGAAUUCCCUUGAAAAUCACUACUUUGUGAUACUUAUUCAUAACCACUGCGCUAAAUAAAGAUAGCAUGCAAAUUCCAGGACCACUGUUACUGACCUUAUCCCCUACAUGUAGCUUAGUUUAAUUCAUUUGCACAUGACAAAUAGAGAACAAUUUCAUGAUAGAUUUAAAACAGCAUUGUGCAGGGGAGGUUAGAAGCCAAAAACGCUUGUCAAAGUACCUCCCCCUGAUAUAGCUACAAUUAAUCUAGGCAGCAGUGCAAGUAUAUGUAAUAUGACAAUACAGUAAUAUGACGUACUAAGUUGUUGUUAUUGUGUUUGCCAUGCGUUUUUGCAGAUGUGGGGGAUAUCCAGUCCCGUUUGCUGGACCACAGACCAGUCAUCAAUGCUGAGAUCCGUUACUUUGUGAGGGAGUUUGAGGUACUACACAUGACACAUUGUUGUUUUUUAACCUUAACUAGAAGCUUGACAUACUUGUGCCUACAUGCAGCAACAUUAAAAGAAGAUAUGUUUAUCAUUUUGCAUUGACAGGACAUGUGAUGUAAAAGUCUGUGGAACAUUUUUUAACUCUGGACUUUUCUGUUGUUCAGGAUAAACGAGGACACAGGGAGAGUAGACUGUUAGAGAACCUCAAUAAGAUGGUGAUGGAAACAAAUGAGCAAACACAGCCUGCAAAUUUGGAGGCUAUCAACCAGCAGCUGUCUGAUGUCGCCAAGCGAUGUAAGUGAAAUUUUGCCUGUCUGGACUCAAACCUAAGACAUUAUUGUUAUUACUUCAGGAAUAUUGCAAUAUUUGUUUUGUAAUUUACAUUUUUUAAUGUACACCUUGUCCAAGCUAUGAUCAAAAGUAGGGGGUCAAUGUGUUGUAUGUCUAUACAAUCAUUUUACAAUCAUGCAUGUUUAAUCUUAAUGUGUUCCAGUUGACAAACAAAGAGCCACUUUAAAAAAUAAAACCUAAUCUAGUUUUUGCUUUUGUUUCAUGUGAUAAAUCUGACAAUGAUUAUUGUAAAUAUAUUCUCCCUUUCUCCUACAGUGGAGGCUGCCAAUCACAUGACAGAAAGAGUCCAGCAGAGGGAGCUAGAGGCACAGCAGGUAACAAAGAUUCCAUGCAAAGGGUCUGCAGUGCAGGUGGACUCAAAACCAUUACUUUCAAGAACCAGAUCCCUAUGCAGUGUAUAAUUAUCCUUAGAUAUACAAGUCUGAAUUUUUUGCUAUUUUAAAAAAUCUUUUUCCAUUUUUUUGUGCUCUCGUCUCCUUUUGUCCUCCCAGAGUACUCAGCUGCAGGUGAACAUGGAGCGUUUGAAAGAGGAGUGGGCAGACUUCUUGAAGGAGCAGCAGAGAUUAAAAGAGGAGGUGGAUGAGGAGCACGCCAAGGCUGUUGGUCAGCUUAGCACUCAGUACAAUGAAAUGAAGAAGGACUUAACCAAGAGUCCAUCAAUCUAAUCAGCUGAUUAUAAGGAUAUUGUUGAACAAAGACUCUCUUUCUUAAUAAUGUUAUUGUAUAUAUGGAUAUCUGUUCAGACAUAUUAAAAACAUACAGGCUUUGAUUGAUGUACUUGAUGGUUGACAUGAAGAGAUUUUGCUGCGGCACAAAACCCAACAUUUUCCAAAUCAUAAAUCUGUAAGAGGUAUUAACAUUGUGACAUUUCACAAGCCAUCAAACUCUUUCAUUUUCUUGAAAGCGUCUGGAAUGUGUCAUUUUUUUAAAACAAGCAAGCAUUUGAUUGUUCCAAGGCUGUGAAGUUUUCAACAUUUCAAGAUUUUUAAUGGAUGCCUGCCUGAAGGGUGCAGAUGAUGAAUUCACCGUGAGUUGAAAGGAACCUGGAUGAUUAAAUGUAAGAAAAGCCCCUCUAAGCAGGUGUGUUUAAAGCACAGGUCAAGUGUUGUAGAAACGAGCUGAAACAGAAGUGUUUCCAGAGCAAAUCAUCUCUCACCAGCUCACAUGUGUUUGGAACGUUUGACCUCCAACAAUAACUCGAGUAAACCAACUGUCUGAUGAGGUCACUUUUUUUUGCCGUCGCCAGCGUGGAUGAUAAGUAGCAGCUCUUUUUGGUUUCGCCACCUCAUGUCUAAAUUCAAGAAGUCAUGAAUCAGAGACACGGUUACAUACCUUUCUAAAUUUUCAUUGUUUAUCAUACUUAAAGUGCACAAACUGCUGCACAGUGCACACAUUUGCAGCUUCUCUCCACUGGUCUCUUUACCGGUGCAUGGGUCUGUGAGAGAGGGAGGGACCGAAGAGCCUGGGUGAGCACAGCAUGGUGGUUUGCAUGCCGUCAGAGGUCAAAAAGGGCGUGUACAUGCCAGCAGAUGUGUGUCUGCAUAUGUGCGUGUGUUGUGUGCAUGUCCUCCCUCUGCAGCUGUCCGACGGGGAGACAGCCCAUCAUCAGCUAACAAGGAGCGACAACAUGGAAACAUGGCCUGCCUCUGCCAGCAAGGUACCUUUGCAUCUGCUCUUGUUCAGUUGAAUGGAAAGAAAAGCUGUUAGAGGACACGAAGGUCAAUAUUAAAGUCAUAAAGAUGUGUGCCAUUCAUGAACAGAGAUUUUAAAGCUUUAAAUUAAUAGAUUGGGCUCUGGAGGCCUGAUUCGUACAGAUCUUUGGUUUGUUUUUGGAAGGUUUUUUUAGGUGCAAAUACACAACAUAUUUACUGGAGUUUUAUCACGAUGAGAUUGCUCAGAUAUUCCUGCUCCAGAAAAAAAAAGACCUGCAGGUCAAAGUAACCCUUUUCUAUCUACAACUGCACAACUGGAUUAUUGCUCUCAAUAAAAAAUAAUGUUCUUGGUCAGACCAAAUGGACAUAAAAAUAUCAGAGGGUUUACAACAAUAAGAGAAUUUGAUAUUCAUGGCACGUUGUUUUUAAGCUGAGUACAGGCUGAACAUUGAAAACGGUCAUAAAUUUCAGCAUCUGGUCAAGUAGUUAUUGACUCACCAGUGCGAUCAACAAUCUUGUCUUUGCCAUAAUUCAAUGGUGAUAACCAGAGAAGUCAAAGCAUAACAAUAAAGCUGAGGCUACGGUAUCGUGUAUUCAAGCAGAUAAUCUAGUUUAUUCAGACAGUUGUCUGUGUAAAUAUUCAGAGAAGCAGGUCAGGUAUCCCAAACUCAGCAGCUGGUAGAAACUUUCCCUCCAAGCAGACCAGGACAUACAGUCCAGUAAGGUGACUCUGUGUGCAAAUAUGGAGGGCAGCGUCUGAUAUUUCAUGUUAUCAUCCUUCUCAGCUCGCUGCUUCAUUCCUCCAGACCUAUGUUUUUUGUCUCUAGUGUAAAUAAGAAGGCAAUGUGUACUUCCUGUUUUUGAAGGAGCAGCUCUCUCAGGCCGUGGAGCUGCAAGUCCCGGUGCCAAUGUAAAUGGUGAAGGAAACAGCAGCACCCAGCUGGAGCCCGAUUUGGCAAGGAAGAGAGAUAAGGGUUUUCUUGGUUGAAGUAAUCUGAUGCUCAAUCUGUAAAAGAGCUCACUGGGAAAAAAAUGAAAUAUGAAAAGAUGAAAGGUGCAGAUGAAACUAAAGGAACAUUUCCCCAACAAACAAGGAUCUGAUUUUGGAAAAUCAGUCUGGUUUGAGUCUCUGCCAUCAGUGUUUGAAUGUGGUAUCAAUGAGUGAUUGUGACAUGCUACACUGUUAAAAGUAAUAAGUUGUUUAAACUUAAAAUAAAACGUGAACUUGC